UGCAAAAACUGAGAUUUUAAACCAAUCUGAGUUUACCUUUGAACAAAAACUGAUAACAUAUUGAUUUAACGAUGAAGUUAUUCCUGGCGAUUUGUCUCUUGGCAUGCGUGACCUUGGCGCAUUGUAGGCCUAAGGAUGAUAAGGGGGGUCGUGGAAAGGACCAUGGACGUGAACAGAAUGGCCUUGCUAAGGGUCAUGGCAAGAAGGUGAAGGAAGAAAAGGAAAAAGGAAAGCAUGGACAUGGAAAGAAGGAAAAAGAACAUGGACACAAAAAGCCGCAUAAGGGAAAACACAGCUCUGAAAGUUCGGAAAGUUCAGAGAGUUCGGAGAGUUCGGAAUCAGGAUCUGAAGAAAGUGGAGAGAAGCCUACUACGGUACCACCCACUGAUGCCCCCACUGAAGUACCGACUGAAGAGCCGACCGACGCUCCCACUGAUGCCCCCACUGAAGUACCGACGGAAGAACCUACUGAGGAGCCGACGGAUGCCCCCACUGAUGCCCCCACCGAAGUACCUACUGAAGAACCGACUGAGGAACCAACGGAUGCCCCUACUGACGCACCCACUGAAGUGCCUACUGAAGAACCGACGGAUGCCCCUACUGACGCACCCACUGAAGUGCCUACUGAAGAACCGACGGAUGCCCCUACUGACGCACCCACUGAAGUGCCUACUGAAGAACCGACGGAUGCCCCUACUGACGCACCCACUGAAGUGCCUACUGAAGAACCGACUGAGGAACCGACGGAUGCCCCCACAGACGCUCCAACCGAUGCUCCAACUGACGCCCCCACUGAACCUCCAGUUCAAUGUCCCGAUGUCCCCGUAUGCCAAUCUACAGGAAAUGAAGAAGAGUAUUAUCCAAACCCCCAAAAUUGUAACUCCUUCUUCCAAUGUUCGAACGGUAACCCCAUCCUCCAACAAUGCGCUCCAGACCUUGUGUUCUUCCCAAGUCUUAAUGUUUGUGUCACUCGGGACACUUACGACUGUCAAGAAACGUGCGAUUUUUACGUAACUGGUUAAACACAGCUUCACAAUAGGGGACAUUGUCCAAACAUCAUGUUCAGUAAAUAAAUUUACAUUUAUAAAUUUUGCAAUCCUAUA